AUGGAUCGCAACCACCGUCGUUCUUUGGGACACAUUGACGAACUCCUCACGAUGAUGUUCUCGUACCUCGAUGAUCGCGACCUUGCACGAGCGGCCUGCGUCUGCAAACAUUGGGCAGAACUCGCCCUUGACGCUCUUUGGUCCGAGGUGAAUGACCUCAGACGAGUCUUGACUGUCCUUGCGCCGCUUGCUUUCAAAACCGAGCGUGUCCCGGCCUCGACAGCACGAAUACCUGGGGCUUAUGUAUUCAAAAGGCCAUUGGUACCCGCGGACUGGCAACGUUUUCAACGCUAUUCUGGACGGGUCCGCAGCUUGCGCCAUGAUCAGCGGCACGCACGCAACGCCAUGGAGAAGUCUAAGCGUCCGACGUUGCUGCAUCCGAAAGUCUUCGCAGAUUUGACCACUACUUGCCCGACCGACGACAUAUUCCCCAACCUCCAGUCGCUUGUCUGGUAUGCAUGCGCCCCGGAGAGGCAGCGACUUUGUCUGGCGUUCGUGCACCGGCGCGUAAAACACCUUGGCCUGCAUUUGUAUCGAUCCGAACCUUCUUCUCUCACAGACUACGUUCGCCAGGUGUGUGCACGAUGCAAGGACUUGACCGUCCUGGACCUUAGUCUGGCCGGACCUAUGCGACAACUCGAGGAGGAAGUCUCGAUCCUUAUACGGGGAUUUCCGCGACUACGUAAGAUCUCGCUACCGAUUUAUUGCCUAACCUCGAGGCUUUUCAACGAGCUUUCAAUUCUCCAGCAAUUGGACACCAUUUCUCUGGGAGACCCCGCACGUGCAGAACCCGGAGACCGGGCAGACGUCACUCAUCUCGUCCCGGCGUUUUCUAACGACGCCUUUCCCGUACUCCGCAGCCUAUCAUUUAGCGCUCAGGUCGCUGAUGCUACGCAUUCUAUCCGCUCGUCCUUGUUCCCUGCACACUUAACAGAACUACACUUGAAGAGUGUCGUGAUCGCGACGCCAGAAGCUCUCCGCGAGCUUUUCAUAGCGAUACGUGAUCGUUGCACCUCCCUCGUCGAACUCUCUGUAGACUACAUCAUUGCUCCGGAUUCGCCCCUUCUAUCCCCUCCUCCACCCCUCUCCGAACGUCCAUCUCUAGAAUGCUUUCGUCCCCUUUUCUCCGCCAGGUCUCUUCGAGCUUUCGAGCUGCGAUGGGACUACGCACUGAACCUUGCCGACAACGAUAUCGACGAACUCGCGAGCAGCUGGCCGUCGCUGGAAAGCCUGCAGCUCAACGCCGAACCCGUCCCUGAAGCGAAUGGCCCCUGCCUCACGCUGCGCUCAUUGCUCCCAUUCGCUCGUAAUUGCCCAAACCUCCGUCACCUCGGACUCCACGUCGAUGCGACGACCGUCCCCUCUUUCCAUCAACACCCACACUCACAGGACCUGCCUCGUUUCCGUUGCCUCCAGACCUUCGCCGUCGGGUUAUCUGCCAUCGCGAGAGCCGAAACUGUGACCCUUUUCCUAAGCCAGAUACUCCCACUCGAUUGCUCCGUCUGCUGCGGCCUGCGGUGGCCUGACGCCUUCGAUAUCGCCAUGGAACACGCGCUUAUCCCCGUCUCCCUUCGCGCGGAGAUGUCUGCGUGUUGGGUGCGCUGGAUCGAAGUGUCGAAGCUGCUUCCCAUCACUACGAAGGCCCGGAUGGAGGAGAAGGCGCGCAUUGAGGGGCUCGAAAAGCAGAUGGCGGUAUUGGAGAUGUCAAGGAGGGAGGAUAGGCAGAGAUUGAGCUCGUUGGAGCGAGAAGUGCAAGAUUUGAGGGGAAGGACGGGAAGGACCCCGUAG